CGAGGGGCAGGCGCUGACAGCUGCUUUCCCCGCACCCGCAGUCCCCUCCCCCGGUGCCGCCGUGGGGUGGGACUCCCCGGAGGGCCACCGUCUCCCGAACUGCUCCCCCCCCCCCCCCCCCCGCCCCCGCUGCUGCCCGGCGCCGGGGGUCGGUGCCGGGGGCGGCCGGGCUCCGCCACCCGACGGCGCGUCCGGGACGCUGCCCCGCAGCCGGCGGCACCCCCGGGACCAUGGCCCGGCUCGGCGGGGGCUGCCCGGCGGUGCCGCGCACCGUCCCGGCCGCCGCCUUCUUCCUCCUCCUGCUGCUGGGUGCCCCGUGCCGCCGCGGGGCGCUGGGGUCCUCCCUGCUCACAGGAUCCGUUGCAAAAUGUGAAAAUGAAGGGGAAAUUCUGCAGAUACCAUUUAUCACAGACAACCCUUGUAUAAUGUGUGUUUGCCUGAAUAAGGAAGUGACAUGCAAAAGGGAGAAGUGUCCGACGCUCUCCAAGGACUGUGCUCUCGUCAUUAAGCAGAGAGGAGCUUGCUGUGAGCGUUGCAAAGAUUGCAGUUUUGGAGGAAACACGUACAACAGCUCCAUGAAAUGGCACCUCCCUAGUAACCCCUGUGUUACAUACCAGUGCCAGGAAGGAGUGAUAGUAGAGUCGGAGGUACAGUGCGUUGUUCAUUGCAAAAACCCUUCCAAACUCACGGGAAUGUGUUGUCCUGUGUGUCCAGGUUGUAUAUUUGAAGGAAGACUUUACAAUGAAGGAGAAGAAUUUAGGCCUGAAGGAAAUAAAUGUACCAAGUGUUCUUGUAUUGGUGGAAGGACACAGUGCAUCCAAGAAGUCUGCCCCAUUCUUUCAUGUCCCCAGCACCUCAGUCACAUUCCUGCUGGACAGUGUUGCCCCAAAUGCUUAGGACAGAGGAAAGUGUUUGACCUCCCGUUUGGAAGCUGCCUCUUUCACAGCAAUGUGUACGAUAACGGAUCCUCAUUUAUUUAUGACAAUUGCACAAUGUGUACAUGUAAGGAUUCAACAGUGCUGUGUAAGAAGAGGUGCUUACUUCCCGGUGAAUGCAACAAAAAAAAAGACCACUGCUGCAAGGAGUGCGUCUCCUAUAUCUUUCCUGAGGAAGUGAAAGUGUGCAAGUUUGGCAAUAAGAUCUUCCAGGAUGGAGAGAUGUGGUCCUCUGUGAACUGCACCAUCUGUGCUUGUGUGAAAGGCAAGACAGAGUGUCGCAAGAAACAGUGCAUUCCAGUCAGCAGCUGUCCUCAAGGUAAAAUCCUGAACAGAAAAGGAUGCUGUCCUAUUUGCACUGAAAAGCCUGGAGUUUGCACUGUAUUUGGAGACCCUCACUACAACACUUUUGAUGGACGGACAUUUAACUUUCAGGGAACAUGUCAGUACGUUUUGACAAAAGACUGCUCCUCCUCUGCCUCACCCUUUCAGGUGCUGGUAAAAAACGAUGCCCGCCGGACCCGUUCUUUCUCCUGGACAAAGUCAGUGGACCUUGUGUUGGGCAGAAGCACUAUCAGCCUCCAGCAGCACCUCACAGUGAAGUGGAAUGGGACCCGCAUCUCACUACCUUGCGAGACACCACAAUUUCAGAUCGAUUUGGAUGGUUAUUUGCUGAAAGUGACGACCAAAGCAGGCUUGGAAAUCUCAUGGGAUGGAGACAGUUUUGUGGAGGUCAUGGCUGCGCCACAUCUGAAAGGCAAACUCUGUGGUCUGUGUGGCAAUUACAACGGGCACAAGCGAGAUGACCUGAUUGGGGGUGACGGGAAUUUUAAGUUUGACGUGGACGACUUUGCCGAAUCCUGGCGCGUGGAGUCCAACGAGUUCUGCAGCCGCCCGCAGAGAAAUCCUGUGCCUGAGCUGUGUCAUGGGACGGUCCGGGUAAAACUCCGAGCUCACCGGGAAUGCCAGAAACUCAAAGCAUGGGAGUUUCAGAGCUGUCAUUCAACAGUGGAUUACACCACAUUUUACCGGUCCUGUGUGACGGACAUGUGUGAGUGCCCGGUCCACAAAAACUGCUACUGUGAGUCAUUCCUGGCGUACGCCCGAGCCUGUCAGAGGGAAGGGCUGAAAGUCCAGUGGGUCCCUGAGCAGACCUGUGCAGCAACCCAGUGUAAACACGGUGCAGUUUAUGAUACCUGUGGUCCAGGAUGUGUCAAAACAUGUGACAAUUGGAACGAGAUUGGCCCAUGCAACAAGCCCUGCAUUGCAGGGUGCCACUGUCCGGCAAAUUUAGUUCUUCACAAAGGAAGAUGCAUCAAGCCAGUCCUGUGCCCACAGCGAUGACAUUUGUUCUCUUUCCAUGGACGCUAAUGCGGGUGGUCACUGAUGCCUCUGAUGGUCACAGCCAGUAAAGGACUCCAGCUGUUUGUGUGCUGAUUCUGCAAAGUACAUGUCUACUCACAGACUGUAAAUAUGCUCCUGUGUGUGUAUUUAUGUGUGUUUAUGUAUACACACAUGGCACCUAGAAAGAUAUAUAAAUGUAUACUGUGUGUAUGUAGACACACAUAUCUAUAUACACAAGUGCCCUGAACGUAAGUACAACCCAUAUAUUUAUAUAUAUGUCCACACACACAAAUAUACAUCAUUUCUAUAUAUCAUAGAAGGAUGAAUUGUUAUAUGUAUAUUUUUUGCUAUAAAGUUUAUGUAUUAUUAUUAUUUCUAGGACCCUGAUCUGUAAGUCAUUGUAUAAAUAAACCAGGUGGUUUUAAUAUAA